AUAUUCGCGCAGUGCGCAUUGGCGUGGUCCGGUUGUCCAGCGCCCAAAUCUCUUAUUGUCAUGAAAACAUUUUCUUUCUGCAGGUUUCCUGGUCAAAAUUUCUUGCGAUGAAAACUCAUUUGUCAGCAUUUUCUACGGCGAGUGCAACUUUGCGGUGGUUCAGGAUUUGUUUUGUUGUGUUUCCUUUACAUUGUUUUUCAUUUUUUUCUUCCAUCCAUUAUGAGUGGUUUUCGAUGGGAUGGUGUGGUUGUUCUCCGGCGUCCAAUCAUAGACUUGGGCAUGUGGUUCUCUGCGAGUGUACUGUUUAUUUUCCUCCUAUUUUCCAGCUGUUCCCCGUUCCUGUUGGAACGAGAUCAUCAAAAGAGUUCGCGUGGAAGGCUUUCUGUCGAUGCAUCAUGCCGGGUUUGCAUGUUCCCUGUUCCAUUUUCCCAGAUUCUCCCCAGCAGCACCACGAAGAAGGGGGUGGAUGUUGUCUGGGCUCUGUUUGCAUAACCGUCACGGCCGUUUUCCAAUUGUUCAUGUCAUCUCCCCAGUCAACCCUGUAUGUAGAGCCUGGGUGUCCCUUGGGGCAUGCACGUUCGGACUGGGGCGGCCAGAGGUGUUUUCAUACACGUCCUCGCCCAUACAAAGUUAUUUCCAGAUGCUUUUGCCAUUCUCUCCUCGUGUGCUUACCAGGUCUGUUACUUAGGUUGUGUUUUCUUGUAUUUCAUCAUUCUCUGUGUCUUACAUUGUGAUUCGGGCUUUGCCUGUCUGGCCGGGGUUGCCUGCAGAUCCCGACUGCUGCCGGAGAGACACCAGCUGUGUUGGCGCUUCUCGAGGCAGGGCUUGGUCGAUCUGCCUGGAUGCAUAUCCCUGGCCUAUUUCCCCCCUCCCUCGCCCGAUGUUCUCUACGUUGGUGUUGCGACGAUUAGUCUGUCUUCAGGUGUUCCUUUUGCAGUUCCUGGUUUCGGAGGGAAUCUAUCGCUGUCCAGAAAGAAAGCUAGAAUCAUAGAUAGCUAGUGCUUAGGGAAUGCA